AGGCCCCGUGACGAUGGCGGCGAUGGCGGCGGCGCUGCGGGGGCCCGCCGGCUGCUUCCGGUGGCAGACGCGGGCCUUGGCGGGCGGGGUGCGGGGCGCGGCAGCAGGGCAGCGGGACUACGAUCUCCUGGUGAUUGGCGGGGGUUCUGGCGGCCUGGCUUGUGCCAAGGAAGCCGCUCAGCUGGGAAGCAAGGUGGCCGUGGUAGACUACGUGGACCCUUCUCCCCGAGGCACCAGGUGGGGCCUCGGUGGCACCUGCGUCAAUGUGGGCUGCAUCCCCAAGAAGCUGAUGCACCAGGCGGCACUUCUGGGGGGUCUGAUCCGAGACGCCCGCCACUACGGCUGGGAGGUGGCCCAGCCUGUCCCGCACGACUGGAGGAAAAUGGCGGAAGCUGUUCAAAACCAUGUGAAAUCCUUGAACUGGGGGCACCGUGUCCAGCUGCAGGACAGAAAAGUCAAGUACUUUAACAUCAAAGCCAGCUUUGUCAACGAGCACACAGUUUGUGGCGUUGCCAAAGGUGGGAAAGAGACUCUGCUUUCAGCUGACCACAUUGUCAUUGCUACUGGAGGGCGGCCCAGGUACCCCACUCACAUCGAAGGUGCCUUGGAAUACGGGAUUACAAGUGAUGACAUCUUCUGGCUGAAGGAAUCCCCUGGCAAAACGUUGGUGGUGGGGGCCAGCUACGUGGCCCUGGAGUGUGCCGGCUUUCUCACCGGGAUCGGGCUGGACACCACCGUCCUCAUGCGCAGCAUCCCCCUCCGCGGCUUUGACCAGCAAAUGUCUUCUUUGGUCACGGAGCACAUGGAGUCUCAUGGCACCCGGUUCCUGAGGGGCUGCAUCCUCUCCCAUGUCAGGAGGCUCUCGGACGGCCAGCUCCAGGUUACCUGGGAGGACCAAGCCUCUGGCAAAGAGGACACUGGUGCCUUUGACACUGUCCUGUGGGCCAUAGGUCGAGUUCCGCAAACCAGAAGUCUGAAUUUGGAGAAGGCUGGGGUAGACACCAACCCUGACAGUCAGAAGAUCCUGGUGGACGCCCGGGAAGCCACCUCCGUGCCCCACAUCUACGCCAUUGGAGACGUGGCAGAGGGGCGGCCCGAGCUGACACCCACGGCUAUAAUGGCAGGGAAGCUCUUGGCCCAGCGCCUCUUUGGUGGGUCCUCAGACCUGAUGGAUUACGACAAUGUUCCCACGACGGUCUUCACUCCCCUGGAGUACGGCUGUGUGGGGCUGUCGGAGGAGGAGGCUGUGGCUCGCCACGGGCAGGAGCAUGUCGAGGUUUAUCAUGCAUAUUAUAAACCAUUGGAGUUCACCGUGGCUGAACGGGAUGCGUCCCAGUGUUACAUAAAAAUGGUGUGCCUGAGGGAGCCCCCACAGCUGGUGCUGGGCCUGCACUUCCUUGGCCCCAACGCAGGGGAAGUUACUCAAGGAUUUGCUCUGGGGAUCAAGUGCAGGGCCUCCUAUGCGCAGGUGAUGCGGACGGUGGGCAUCCACCCCACCUGCUCUGAGGAGGUGGUCAAGGUGCGCAUCUCCAAGCGCUCCGGUCUGGACCCCACCGUGACGGGCUGCUGAGGGUAAGCUGCUGUCCCUGUCAGGCCAAGGGCAUGUGACAUGCAGCCCCUCACCGCCAGGCUCCUCAGAGGCCCAGAUCCAGGACUGUUGUGGGCCAGGCCCGGUGAGCCUCAGCCCCUCCCCUGGAGAGCCUGUGAAGUGGUCAGCAUGGAGCCACGUGUGUGUGGACAGACAGCAUGUGCCCUGCAGGGACGGCUCAAGGGGGUUGCCACCCCCACAUCUGCACCUCCCACCCCCCUCCCGCCUGGGCCAGCCCCCCAGGCCCCCGAUGCCAGAUGAUGACGGCCUGGGCAGAAGCCCACCCUGUGGGCUGCCCACGUCCGAGCCCCCCUGGUGUUGCUGGAGUGCAAAUAAAGAGGGUGUUUCCUGAA